UAUAAUGGCUCAGGCAGCCUCUAAUAAAUGCGAGAUUUGUGUUAGUGCGUUAGGAUCACGAUACUGCUUAGACUGUGAACAAUACUUUUGUAAAAAUUGUGAAGCCUUUCAUAAAAGGCAGAAACUAUUGAAACAUCACGAGUUUCAAGCUGCUUCUGACGUUAUUCGGAAAGUAAAAUCAAAAUGUACCGAACACAAAGAAGACUUUAGCUUUCUGUGUAAGUCUUGUAAUGUACCAGUAUGUAGUACAUGCGUAACUGACAAACACGAUGGUCAUAGAUUUAUCAAGCUAUUGGACAGCAUUUUACAGCUAAAAGAAGGGAACGAACAACAGCUACGUAAAAGGGUGAAUGAGGCAACAAAAAGAAUGAAGAAGUUUGAACAGGGACUAGCAUCAUUCGAUGAAAAGAUAGAAUUUGUAGUCAAAGCUAUAACAGAUGAAGGCAGGAAAGUAAAGGAUAUGGUUGACAAACAUAUUGACCAGAUGAUUGCAUAUGUGAAGGAUCAGUCACAAAAAGAAAGGGACAAGUUGACAAAGACAAUAGCGAAAAACAAAGAUGUUUUGAAGACUGGAGACAUCUUAGAUAAUAGAAGUAAGGAUCUUUACAAAACCAGAAACGAUGACAAAUUGAUACAUGCUUUGCAGAACGUAUCUGAUGAAAUCGCCAAACUUCAAAUAGCGGAUAUUCCCGAGUUUCCGAUUGUUCAGUAUACGACUAAAUCCACAAAAGACAACGAUAUCAAACAAUUAUUUGGUUCAUUUACGAUAAGAGAGGUAGACAACAGAAGCAACGAGUUGGAACCAGUAAAGAAGAGUGAAAUAGAUACCAGCGUCAAGGUGUCUGAACCAGCAAAGAAGAGUAACGCCGGACUUGAUGAACAACCCGUAGCGGAAGGAAGAUACCUUUUCAGAUGUGCCAAAUGUGGAACGGAGAAAGGAUAUCAUAAAUAUGACUUUGUUUAA